AUGGAAUUAGCAAGUUUUGGUGUAAUUUCCAAGAUAAACACGAAUAUAUCACGGAAACAUUGUUGAAACAGAGAAAUUCAAUGUAUUGUACAUUUUUUAAAUGUAUAACAAAGAAUAAAUAUUAUUUAUCAUUUUCCAAAUAAUACGUUCCUCCGACACGAAUCGUUGCUUACAUAUAGUGAUUUAAAAUAUUCUAUUGGGUUGGUGCAUAAUUAUUGCGCAUAUUUUCACGACUCCCUCGUCUUGAAAAUUCGCGUUUUGUUUAUGCCUUUUCUUUACAACAAUAAUCCUCUCUUUUUAAAUAGUGAAAAUACGUAUCAAAAAUCAUAUCCGUAUUCGCCAUAUUAUGCUCUACCACUUCGAGACAGGUUAGAAUGCAACAUUUCGCGAUCUUAACGCACUUUUUGGAGAAGAAACAAUCAGCAAAAGCUAAGUUGAAAGAUGGUUUAAGAAGUUCAAAUCGGGCGAUACAAACCUCGUAGAAGAAAAAGGAAGAGGUCAACCAUCAAAUUUCGACGUCCAGGCACUUUUGGCAGCUGUGGAAGAGGACAAAAUUUUGACAAUGAGAAUGUUGGCCGAAGAUUUCAAUGUGGAUCAUUCGACCAUCGUUCGUCGUCUCAAAAAGCUCGGAAAAAUAUGGAAAUUGGCUGUAUGGGUCCCCCACGAAUUCUGA